AUGCAGAGUUUCAAACCGUCGGCGGAGGCGGCCGCAGUGCCGGUGAAAAAGGCGACUGGGGGGGAGCAGCAAGACCUUUCCGAUGACUGGGUCAGAUCGACUACUACGCAGACCUUCAAGGUCUCGGCGGAGGCGAUCGAAGCUCCGAAGUCCGGUGUGGUCGAAAAACCCCAGCAAGGCGCCUCGAGUGACUUUGGAAAUUCAGAUACCUUGAAGACCUUCAAGGUCUCGGCGGAGGCGAUCGAAGCUCCGAAGUCCGGUGUGGUCGAAAAACCUCGGCAAGGCGCCUCGAGUGACUUUGGAAAUUCAGAUACCUUGAAGUCGAUCGAGCGGAAGAAGCACAAGCGCGGCGUGCGGGUGACCAUUGACGUGAGCCGGCGCUGGUUCGCCAACCCCGACGACCAGGCGUUCAAGGGACUCCACAUGGUCAUCGACUGCCCCAAUUAUGAGCCGACGGCUGGCCGCGACGUGCUG